AUGGAGGACCAGAAAUGCAGAUUGUCUGCUACCACCUCGACGAUUUUCGUUCUUGGUCUCGUUUGGAUUCUAAGCAAUUCCCAUGCUAAUGCUGCUAUUGCAGUAGCUGAUGCAAGUAGUUCGUUGUCAACUUAUAUCGUCCAUGUACGACAGCCGAUGGACAAACAUUUCGCUACGAUGGGGGAUCUCCAUACUUUGUACCGGUCAUUUUUACCUGCCACAGCAGCCGGCUCUAACCAGGAGCAAAGAAUGGUUCACUCGUACCAGCAUGUGCUAUCCGGGUUUACGGCCAAAUUGACCGCCGAGGAAGCUGAAGCCAUUCAGGAGAAGGACGGUGUUUUGUACGUGCGUCCGGAGAAGGCGCUCUCUCUACACACAACUCACACCCCUGACUUCUUGGGAUUGCACCGAGGAGUUGGGCUGUGGAAGGAUUCGAACUUCGGUAAGGGCGUGAUCAUCGGAGUAUUGGACACGGGGAUUUUCCCUGGCCACUCUUCCUUCAGCGACGAGGGGAUGCCUCCGCCCCCGGCCAAAUGGAAGGGCAGGUGCGACUUCAACAGCACGGCCUGCAACAAGAAGCUCAUCGGUGCGAGGUCUUUCGUUUCCGUUGGAAACACUGCCACGCCGUAUGAUGGUGUGGGCCACGGCUCACACACUUCCGGCACAGCUGCCGGUGCUUUUGUGAGGAAUGCCAGUGCACUCGGUAAUGCCAGAGGCACGGCCGUAGGCAUGGCGCCUCUUGCGCAUUUGGCAAUGUACCAGGUUUGCAAUCCCUCCGGGUGCCUGGAGGGCGACGUUUUAGCUGGGAUGGACGCGGCCAUCGAGGACGGGGUCGAUGUGCUUUCUCUCUCUUUGGGAGGACAAUCCCAGCGAUUCUCCGACGACUCGAUUGCAUUGAGUUCAUUCUCCGCCACCCAAAAGGGCAUCUUCGUCAGCUGCUCCGCGGGGAAUCUGGGGCCAUCCAACUUCACAUUGUCAAACGAGGCACCGUGGAUUCUCACCGUGGGAGCAAGCAGCAUCGACCGCAGCAUAAAGACCACCGUGAGGCUUGGGAACGGGCAAGAGUUCGAUGGGGAGACCUUGUACCAACCGCACGACUUCCAUCCGGUGCUACUCCCCCUUGUUUAUCCGGGAGUAAACGGAGAUGGAUCCGCAGCUCUCUGCCUUCCUGGAUCACUAGAGAGCCGCUCGGACCUCCGAGGGAAAGUGGUUGUGUGCGACGCGGGCGAUGGAACUGGGGGAGUCGCGAAAGGUCAAGAGGUCAAGAAUGCGGGUGGUGCGGCCAUGAUCCUCGUGAACAACCCCACUGCGGGAUACACCACAUCGCCCGAGUUGCAUGUCCUACCCGCCGUCCAUGUGAGAUACAUCGCAGGGAGAGAGAUCAAGGGCUACCUGAGCACGGCGUCAGCGCCAAUGGCCACGAUCCUAUUCAAAGGCACUCACAUCGGGAUAUCGGUCGCGCCGACUGUAUCAUUCUUCUCUUCCCGCGGCCCCAAUUACCAAAGCCCAGGCAUCCUCAAACCGGACAUCAUCGGCCCGGGCGUGAACAUUCUCGCCGCUUGGGCAUUUCCUUUGGACUAUUCUAUAGACAGGAGGCACACAUUCAACAUCAUCUCCGGGACCUCCAUGUCCUGUCCCCACCUCAGUGGUGUGGCGGCGCUGCUCAAGAGCGCGCACCCCGACUGGUCACCAGCGGCCAUCAAGUCCGCCAUCAUCACCACUGCCGCUACCUUGAACAUGGAGGGCCGACCCAUUGUGGACCAGACGCUCCAUCCAGCUAACAUUUUCACCACCGGCGCAGGAUACAUCAACCCAUCAAAGGCUGUCGACCCGGGUCUCAUUUACGACAUCGCACCCCAAGAUUACAUUCCUUACCUUUGUGGGCUCAACUACACUGACUACGAAGUCGAGCUCAUAGUUAAAAAAGUAGUCAAAUGCUCUAGCAUAAGGAGCAUACCCGAUUACCAACUCAACUACCCAUCGAUCAGCCUAAAGUUCACGGGUUCGGUAUCGAAGGUGAGUGUGACGAGGACAGUGAGGAACGUUGGACCCGCGAAGUCGCGUUACAGGUCGGUCAUUGACCCUAUCUUGGGUCUAGACUCAAUUAGCGUGUACCCGAGUGAUCUGGAGUUCGCAAAUGUUAACCAGACAGCGAGUUUUAGGGUUGACUUCACGAGGAGAGUCGGCAGGAACGCGACGGCUACCCUGCCCCUUGCUCAAGGGGCGAUCACAUGGAUAUCUGCUCAGCAUUCGGUUCGCACCCCGGUCGCUGUCGUGUUUGAGUGA